AAGAAGAUCCACCAACCCGCGUGACUUUUCAAACACAGAAAAAUAGGAAGCAACCACUCCACUCAUCUCUGUAACCCAACAACUCGAACACGAAGAAUCCCAAAAACUUAAACAUGGCGGAAUUCCUUUGGACUUUUGCAGCUCAAGAACUGUUGAAGAAGACAGUGAAGCUCGCAGCAAAACAGAUCGGCCUGGCGUGGGGUUUCAAGAACGAGCUCUCAAACCUCAGAGACUCUCUGCUCAUGGUGGAAGCCAUCCUUCGCGAUGUCGACAGAAUUAAGGCAGAGCAUCAAGCUGUGAAGCUAUGGGUGGAGAAGCUUGAAGAUAUUGUUUUCGAAGCUGAUGUUCUACUUGACGAGCUCGCUUACGAAGAUAUUCGCCGCAAGGCUGAACCCCAAAAAGAGGUGACGGUAAGUAAUUUCGUUUCGUUCUCCAAAAACCCUCUUGUUUUUCGUCUCAAAAUGGCCAAUAAAAUCAAGAACAUUGCUAGGAUGUUGGAAAAGCAUUAUUCUGCUGCUAGUACUGUGGGGCUUGUUGCUAUAAUAUCUAAACAAAUUGAACCUGAUUUUAGCCAAAUUCAAGAGACAGACUCGUUUCCUGACGAGUUCGGAGUUAUUGGGAGAGAAGCUGAAGUUUUGGAGAUAGUGAAGAUAUCUGUUGAUCUUAGCUACAGGGAAGCUGUGUCUGUUUUGCCAAUUGUUGGUAUGGGUGGAUUAGGAAAAACAGCUUUGGCUAAGGUAAUAUUCAAUCAUGAAUUGAUAAAGGGAAAUUUUGAUAGAACAAUAUGGGUGUGUGUCUCCGAACCUUUUCUUAUCAAGAAGAUUUUAAGAACAAUUUUGGAAACUCUUAAUCCUAAUUUUGGUGGCCUAGAUAGUAAGGAAGCCUUACUUCAAGAGCUACAAAAGUUGUUGAAUGACAAAAAGUAUUUUCUAGUUCUUGAUGAUGUUUGGAAUGAGAAUCCUAUCCUUUGGAAUGAGUUGAAGAGUUGUUUGUUAAAGAUUAGCCAAAGAUCUGGAAAUGUUGUUGUUGUGACUACUAGGAGUGGUAGAGUUGCUGAAAUCAUGGAGACACAUUCUAGAUACCAUUUGACAAAACUAUCUGAUGACCACUGUUGGUCUUUAUUCAAGAAAUAUGCAUUUGGAAAUGAAUUUCUAGGAAUUCCUGAAUUGGAUAUUGUUCAGAAAGAGCUCGUUAAAAGAUUUGGCGGCAUACCAUUGGUUGUUAAAGUGUUGGGAGGGAUUGUGAAAUUUGACGAGACUCACGAGGGAUUGCAGCAAACUUUGGAGAAUCUAAUGAAAAUUCAAUUGCAAGAUGAAAACCAUGUUGUAUCCACGAUAAAAUUAACUGUGGAUCGCCUACCAUUGUCCUCGUUAAAACAAUGUUUUGCCUAUUGUUCAAAUUUUCCAAAAGACUUCAAGUUCAGAAAAGAAGCCCUUAUUCAGAUGUGGAUAGCACAAGGAUUUAUUCAACCACCUGAGGGAAGUGAUGAAAUGAUGGAGGAUAUUGGUGAGAAGUACUUCAAUGUUUUGUUGUCUCGCCUCUUGUUUCAAGAUAUCGUCAAGGAUAAUAGAGGGAGAAUUGUAUUCUGUAAGAUGCAUGAUCUUAUACAUGAUGUUGCAUUGGCUAUUUCAAAUUCUCAAGAAUUGAUAUUGGAUCCUUUAGAUUUGCUGGAUGGAGAACCUUGGAGACGUGAAGCUUGCUCUGCUAGUCAUAAAAUAAGAACACCAGAUUGUAAUGAAAAUCAUUCUAGAAAGUUGCACAUGUUGACAUUUGAUAGUCAUGUGUUUCACAAUAAGAUCACAGACUUCAUCUACUUGCGGGUUUUAAUUGCACAUUCAUGGUUUAUAUGUAAAUUACCAAAUUCAAUUGCUAAGUUGAAGCAUUUGAGGUAUCUUGACAUUUCAUAUUCUACCAUAAGGGAGCUACCGGAAUCCCUUUUUUUGCUUUAUAAUUUGCAAACAUUGAAGCUUUCAAGAUUUCUUAAUGACCUUCCAAAAAAUUUGAGGAAGUUGGUUAGUUUAAGGCAUUUAGAAUUUUUCGCCGAUCCUUGUGAUACUAAACAAAUGCCUCAACAUUUGGGUAAAUUGAUUCAACUUCAAACGUUGUCCAGUUUUGUAGUUGGGUUUGAUGAUGGAUGUAAGAUCGAAGAGCUUGGACCUUUGAGAAACCUUAAAGGUAAAUUAAAUCUUUUAUGUCUUGAGCGAGUGAAAAGUAAAAAAGAAGCCAUGGCUGCAAAUUUGGUGGAGAAGGGGAAUAUUUCAUUUCUGUAUUUUCAUUGGACUUUGAGAUGUGAAAGAUCAGAAGGAAGCAACUAUAAUGAUUUGAAUGUGUUAGAAGGACUUCAACCACAUAAAAAUCUUCAAGCCUUGAGAAUUCAUAACUUUUUAGGAAAACUUCUGCCCAAUGGUAUUUUUGUUGAAAAUUUGGUCGAAAUAUAUCUACACGAUUGCGAAAUAUGUGAAGCUUUACCGAUGCUUGGGCAGUUAUCAAAGCUCGAAGUACUUGAACUUCGUUGCUUACAUAGUGUAGGAAGUAUUGGAGAAGAAUUUUAUGGGAAUUACCGUGAGAAGAGGACUUUAUUCCCAAAAUUGAAAGCAUUUCAUAUCAAUGAAAUGAUCAGUCUAGAGAAUUGGGAAGAAAUAAUGGUUGUAUCAAAUGGUACAAUCUUUCCUCAUCUUGAAAGCUUGAGCAUUGUUUGUUGUCCAAGAUUAACGAAUAUUCCAAACUUUUUUGCAUCUCAUCACGAGAGUUCAUUCCCAAGCUUUCAAGGUUCGACAAAGCUUCGAUCUCUAAAGAUUUUGGGAUGUGAAAAUUUGCGAAAACUACCGAAUGACUUAGAAUUCUGCAGCUCCCUUGAAAACAUGAGGAUAAGCAACUCUUCUAAGUUGAAUUCCCCUCCAAGGUUGCAGAAUAUGCAGAAUUUAACUUCUUUAAGCAUGACAGAGUUUCGAAAGCUGCCAGACGGGUUAGCCCAGCUUCGGAAGUUGAAAAAAUUGAGUGUUCAUGGUUACUUGCAAGGUUACGAUUGGAGUCCCCUCGUACAUCUCGGUUCACUCGAAAAUCUUAUGUUAGUUGACUUGGAGGGAAGUGGUGCAGUACAACUUCCUCAACAACUCGCACAACUCACUUCUUUAAGAUCACUGCAUAUUUCGCAUUUUAAUGGCGUUGAAGAUUUACCAGAAUGUUUCGGAAACUUUACGUCUUUGGAAGUAUUGAAGCUUUACAAUUGUGUAAAGUUGAAAAACAUGCCAUCGAAAGAAGCUAUGUCAAAGCUCACCAGAUUAAAGAGUCUACGAGUUUAUGGAUGUUCGCAGCUCGAGCUUAAUGAAGGUGACUUUGAGUGGGUGAACAUUUCCCAUGUACCUACCAUCAAUUAAAUUCCAAUCUCAACUAAUUUUUUUUUUUAAAGAAAGUAUUAGAACCAAAGUCAUUUUGGUCCUUCUACAAA